AUGCUUCAAAAAGUUGACCGCCCGUGCAGAACCUGCUAUGAGCAACACAUCGCCCAGCGAGUUGUCAAGCGCCUUGCUCAGCCAUACAAGGACAUCAAGGAAAGGUUAGCCGUAACGCCUGAUACAAAGGCAAAGUACCUCCUCGGCCUUUCCUUCGGCCCAUCGUCGGCCUCGCUGGUUCAGGUGCUCGACAAGAACCUCCAGGGCCUCAAGGACAAGAACCUGCGCGUUGCGUACGAGGUACACGCCGUCCACAUCGACACUGACCUCUCAGGGGCUGGGUCCGCCUCAUCGUCUGAAGCCUCGGCGGCAAAGCAGGUCCUGGAAAAGUACAAGGAGCGGUUCCCCAACAUCUCGAUGCAGACCGUGCCGCUGAGCGACGCCCUCGCCCUCGACACGAUAGACUGGUCCGUCCUGCCCGCGCUGCAGACGGAUCUGGCCCCCGCAUUGCAGGUCAAGGGGCUUCUCGAGGCCCUGCCGUCCAUCACGUCACGGGUGGAUAUAAUGAGGCUUUUGGUGCGGCAUUUGCUUCUGUCAUUGGCGCUCAAGAGUGGGUGUCACGCGUUGAUGCUGGGGUGCACCACGACCGCCCUGGCCGAGCUGACGCUCGCGGAAACGGCCAAGGGGCGGGGUUUCGCGGUGCCGUGGCAGGUUGGCGAUGGCCCCGUUCCCGUUACGACGUUUUCGCGGCAGGGCGCUGCGGGUGAGGUUGCCGAGGCCACGGAAAAGACAACGAUUUCGGUGUACUAUCUUCUUCGAGAUGUCUUCAGACGGGAGGUCAUCACGUAUGCCGGCUUGAUCAAGCCACCCAUGAAGGAACUCAUUCAGGAUGCGGGGCCCAGCAGUAGCACGAUUGUCUCGCACAAGGAGUUGAGCAUCGAGGAUGUCAUGGCACGUUACUUUGAGGAGGUCGAGGAAAGCUACCCCUCUGUGGUUGCCAACGUCGUCCGCACGAGCGCCAAGCUUACCCGUGAGAACGAUGGCGACGCAUGCGCUGUCUGCGGGAUGGAUCUGGACGAACAGGGCGAGGCCAGGUGGAAGGGUGAGAUUGGAGAGGACCCCGACGACAACGACAGGAGAAAGCAGACUGCAGGACGACUGUGUUACGGGUGCGAACGGUCUAUAUAUGGAUAG